AUGAGCAAAUUGGGCGGCAAAAAGGCUUUGUUUGAGGAGCGAGGGAUCAGACGUAAUCGCGCGCGAAGCACUCUCACCUCGAGGGUUGCCCGCACGCGAGGGUCUAACACAGCGACACAGAGAAGGAAUCAGAAGGGAACGUCAAGAGACGCCCGGGAUCCGGGGCGCGCAUUAAUUCUCCGAAAGCCUCGCGUCCAAUUGAACUCACUCAAGAUGGUCGCCACGACGCCUCGGAAGAAGACGGGCGCGAGCCCCGCCAAGCGCGGGCCCAAGCCCAAAGGCAUCGGUAAGCUCUCCCCCGCCAAGAAUGCCUUGAACUCGCCCCUUUCCUCCCCCACGCCCGAGAUCAAAGCCUCGGCGAGGAGGAAGCUCAUCAUCAAGGACGAGCCCUCGGAUUCCGGCGUACGCGAGAAUCUCUCGCCGAACGUCGCCUCGCCUCGCGGAACCCCGCGCCGCGGAGCCGCGAACAAGGCGAGGGAGGCGAUGGCCAAGGCUGCCGAGGAUGACGGUAUGGAGGUUGAUAGGCAGACUGCCUCCUCCCGCCGGCGCAAGACCAAGGUCGAGGACGACGAUGCCUUCGACUCCGACAUGGAGGAGCUUUCGGGCGACGAUGAUUUCGAGGAUUCGCCCAAGAAGAGGCCCCGCAAGCCGCCCAUCGCGCGCGCCAGCGGCGGGAGCGCCACGGCCGAGUCUCAGUCCAAAGUUCGCCUCGCCGAGGAGCUCCCCGCGAUCCGCGACGUCCAGGGCAUGUUCACGGACAUGGUCAAGAAGCUCCCCGAGCUGCAGGGGCUGAUCAAGGCUCUCGGACGGCCCAUCCGCGUGGCCACCAUGUGCUCCGGCACCGAGUCGCCCCUCCUCGCGCUCGACAAGAUCGGCAACGCCACCCAGAUUGAGUACGGCCAGAAGCUCGGCGUCGACCACGUCUUCUCGUGCGAGAUUGAGCCCUUCAAGCAGGCUUACAUCGAGCGCAACUUUGCCCCGCCCAUCCUCUUCCGCGACAUCCGCGAGCUCGACGGAGAUCAGGCAACCACCGCGUACGGCGCUCUGGUGGACGUGCCGGGUAACGUGGACAUGCUCGUCGCGGGCACGUCCUGCGUCGAUUACUCCAACCUCAACAACGAGAAGAAGACUCUCGAUCAGAAGGGUGAGUCUGGACAGACUUUCAGGGGUAUGAUGACCUGGGUGACGAAGCACUUGCCCCCGAUCAUCAUCCUCGAGAACGUGUGCAACGCGCCCUGGCAGCAGAUCGCUGAGGAAUUCCAGAGGAAGGGUUACCAGUGCCACUUCAUGCGCCUGGACACCAAGCACUACUACAUCCCCCACACGCGCACGCGCGUCUACCUCUUCGCCGCCAGGACCAAGGACCCGAAGAAGUGCGAGCAGAUUCCCAUCGCCGACACCAACUCGAGCAAGAACAAGGCGAGCCCGCAGAUUGUGGAGGACUGGAAGGAGAAGGUACGAUCCCUGCGCCGACCCGCGUCCGCCACCCUCGAGGCGUUCCUCUUCGACUCCGACGACCCAAGGGUUCACAAGGGCCGACAGAUGCUCGCCAUGCCCGGGGAGGACAACACUCGCGUCGCCUCGGAGUGGGCGCGGUGCGAGUCCCGCCACCAGCGCGCCCGCGCCGAGGAGGGACUCGGCCAGCGCCGACCCUUCACCAACUGGGAGGGUGGCUGCACCAUGCCCGACUACGCCUGGAACGACUGGGGUAAGGCACAGACGGACCGCGUCCUCGAUCUCAUGGACAUCGACUUUCUUCGUCUGGCCCAGGCGGAUACCGACUCGAUGCACAAGACGCUGGUGUGGAACCUGUCCCAGAACGUGGAUCGAACCACCGGAUCCGGCGCGGCGGGUAUCUGCCCCUGCCUCACCCCGUCCAUGGUUCCCUUCGUGACCAACCGCGGCGGUCCCCUCGUCGGCGUCGAGGCCUUGUCCCUUCAGGGUAUCCCCGUCGAGGAUCUCCUCCUGACCCGCGAGUCUGAGGGGCAGAUGUCUGACCUUGCGGGCAACGCCAUGACCACCACCGUCGUCGGCGCGUGCAUGCUCUCCGCGCUCAUCCUCAUGAAGGACGAGCUCGUCGAGCACGGUCACAAGGUCGCGAGCCUCCUAAAGAAGGACGAGGCCUUGAGGAUGUCCGCCGCGGGCAAAUCCCUGGGCAACAAGGCUCAGCAGCUCUCAGCCGGCGGCGCCGCGGGUGCUCAGGGGCUGGUCGGCAAGGUUGCCGGCGCCGAUGACCUCAAGGAGAAGGACCUCGUGCUCUGCUCCGUGGUUGACAAGACCUGCAAGUCCUUCGGCGAUCUUUGCAAGCAAGCCGUCGGCGCGUCCAGGAUGUGCGUGUGCGAGGCUCAGACGGGCAUCGCCAGCGAGAUUUGGAAGUGCGCCGACUGCGGUCACACCGCGUGCGUCGUGUGCAAGGGCCGACCUGAGCACAACUACGGCACCAAGCCCCACUCCGGUGCGCGCAUCGCGCCGGCUUUCUUCACCGACACCCUGAAGAAGGCUCUCCCCAUGCGCGUCGUCCUCGCGGGCCUCGACGUCUCCAAGGCUGUGCAGGAGGCCAAGAAGCUGGGCAAGGCUGCCGGAGCCAAGAUCAUGGGCGCGUCUGACUCUACCGAGGAUGACUCUGAGAUGGAGACGUGGACCGCGUGGGAGCGCGCCAUGCGGUCCAUCGCCGACGCCGAGUUCAUGUACCGCGACGUGAAGCGCGCGGACCUGUGGACCGUGCGCUACGCGUGCCCCGCCAACGAUGAGGUUGUCCUGGAGCUUCGCGUGGGCGCCGAAGGCAAGGGUGGCGAGUGGAGGAUCACGGUCAACCCCGCGCCGCACACCGCCAAGGCUCCCCACAAGAUCUACCAGCACGUGCUCGCGCGCAUGCGCGUCGCGCCGGACGCCAAGAGCGCCCUCGACGGCCAGUGGCAGCUCCUCGCCCCCGUGUCUCACGAGUUUGAGGUGACCCUCCAGGGCACCGGCCAGAAGGUUGACUCCUGGCAGGAGACGCUCGGCAUGAGCUCUGCCAAGACGGAGGUUGACGUCGUCGGCAAGACGCAGUGGUCCAACAAGCGCUGGUCCGAGUGGAAGGUUGGCUACGGCAAGGGUGUCGACAAGGGUGCCCUCGAUCACGACAUCUCCGGCACCUACAAGCUCCACCAGAACUGCGGAACCGCGCAGGCUUCCCUUCACAAGCGCGCCGGCGACGACUUUUACCUCUUCAUGGACCCGCAGCGCAACACCAAGGGUCAGACGGAUUUCUUCGUCUUUGCCGACAACCACAGGAGGCUGCAGUACGGCGAGCACCGCCUGCACACCGCGCGGCUCAUGAACCAGCGCGGCGGCCACCCCGAGACGCUGACCCCCGCGGAGCAGGCCAAGAACGUGGUGAGGGACUACGAUCCCCACUGGCGCCCCAGCGACCGCGCCGGCGCGGAGACCUACAAGGUUCACACCGACGGCCGCUGGUUCAGCCCCAUGCCCGUGAAGCUCUCCCAGGUGACUCCCGGCGCCGUGAUUGCCGUGCCCAAGGAUGUCCAGGCCCUCGGCGCCAAGUCCGGCGGCUGUGGCGCCGCGGUGGCCAUCAUGAAGGCGCGCGUGCCCCUCCCCGCCGUGGACGCCGCCGCCUGGCCCGCGGGGCCCGAGUACGAGACGAUCCGCAACGACCGGUCCCACUCCACCUACUCCAAGCUGGCGUGGUUCACCAGCAGGCUCGAGCUGCCCGAGGGCGUGCAGACCUUCGUUCCCCUGGACAACGGCGCGAGGAAGGGUUCCUGCGCCGAGCUCUGCGACGCCUCGUGCCCCCGCUGCGCGCCCCAGCCACCCAGGCUCCAGUGGGUCCGCCAGGCGUCCAACGAGAUCGAGGCGGGCAACGAUGAGGCCACGAAGAAGCCAAAGAAGCCCAAGAUCAUCGCCAGGGAGAACCCCCAGGAGGCUGCUAAGUACGAACAGGCACUUAAGCGCAGGCCCGCUCCUUUUGUGGUCCAGUGGCGCAAGGAUGAGGUCGGCAAGGGUGCCAACAAGGAGGCUGUCGGCGACCUGGUAAUCGCUGUCAACCCGGCCACCCUGGUGCACAGGGCCCUCGCCAACAUCACCGGCGGCAUCGCUCGCGAGCGCUCCGCCGCUCCCGCCGCCAAGUCCGCUCCGGACUGCGAGUGGCAGGUGGUCAGGCACGAGGAGAACGAUGCCGCAGAGGCUCUUCCCCCCUUUGCGCUCACGUCUAACCGCCGCGACCCGCAGGUGGCGCAGCCCCCUGGCUGGUCCACCAAGUACCCUCUGCGCCCCGAGCAGCUCCGCUCGCUCGGCUGGAUGAUCAGGCAGGAGCAGACCACGGUCCCUUUCGUCGAGGAGGAGGUUGCCGAGUCCAUCCUUCCCUCGCUUGGUCUUCGCAUGGAUGGUCGCGCCAGGGUUGAGCGCAUGGUCCGCGGCGGGAUCAUCGCCGACCAGGUUGGCUACGGCAAGACGGCCAUCUCCAUCGGAGCCGUGCUCGCGUCCCAGAUCCAGUGGCCCAAGAAGGGUGUCAAACCCUCGGACACGUGCCGUGCGGUGCCCACCAAGGCUACCCUCGUGCUCGCUCCCUCCCAGCUCCUGCGCCAGUGGCCGAGGGAGGUUGAGAAGUUCUCCCAGAAGGGCAAGCUCAAGGUUGUCGUCAUUCGCACCGUCGCCGACAUCACCCACCUCACCGUCAAGGAGGUGCAGGAGGCGGACGUGGUCAUCUGCGCCACCACCGUGCUCCGUUCACCCGCCUACUUUGAGCGCCUCGCCAGGCUCGCGGGAUGCAACCGCCUCCCCGACUGCAAGUCCACCACCUCUGGCCGCCAGUUUGCCGACUCGUACCGCAAGACGCUGGAUGCGCUCGAGAACCAGGUGGAGACUCUCUCCGGCGAGGGCGCCGCCGCCGCAUCCGCGGGUGUGCGCAGGGGUUCGGGGGACAUCCCCGAGGAUGAGGAGAUCGUGAACAUCGCACCCAAGCGCCUCAAGGGUGCCAAGCUGGUCACGGUCACCACGCUCGUGGGCGCCGAGGGCUUCACGGCUAUCGAGGCCAAGAACAAGGCUGCGGCGGAGGCUGCCGCCAAGGCUCAGGCUGCCAAGUCGGUCAAGAAGGCUGCGACCCCCGGCAAGAAGCCUGCGGCCUCCCCCGCGGUUUUCCGCAAGACCAAGCCCAAGGCCACCCCGGUCAAGUCUCCCAAGGCGACUCCCAAGAAGGCUGCCGUCGAGCCCCUCUCGCCCAGGUCCAGGAACACCCCCAGGCGGGCCUCUGCGGCGAAGAAGAUCAAGUACGCCGAAUCGGAGUCUGAUGACUUUGAGGACGAUUCCGAGUUUGAGGCUGAGACCGCCGUCGAGGAAUCCGAGGAUGAAUUCUCCGGCAUCGACUCCGAGAGCGAUGAGGCUGAGACCAAGCGCAAGAAGGCCGCCAAGGCCCGCGCCGCCAAGGCCAAGAAGCGCACUAAGGCUACCUCUGACGACGAGGAUGAGGAGCCCGGUGACAAGGAUCACUGGGGCUUUGACACCGCCGAGGUUCAGGCGGACUGGACAGAGGCCACCUCCCCGCCCCUGGAGAUGUUCCAUUGGAGGCGCGUCAUCGUCGAUGAGUUCACUUACCUCAAGCCCAGCGACAGGUGCGUGGUUCUCGGCCUCAAGUCCGAGGCGAGGUGGUGCCUCUCCGGCACUCCCCCCGUCGGCGCGUUUGGCGAGAUCAAGGAAACCGCCGCGCUUCUCGGAACCAACCUCGGCUCGGACGAGGCCCCGAGGUUCUCCAAGCAGGAGAUCACCAAGGCUGAGACGUUCCAGUUCUUCAAGGAGAAGCCCACGCAGCACUGGCACGAGACCAGGCACAAGGUGGCCCAGGGCUUCUUGGACCGCUUCGUCAGGCAGAACAUCGCCGAGAUUGACGAGAUCAAGUCCGAGGAGAUCCCGAUGGACAUCCAGCUGCGACCGGCUGAGCGAGCCAUCUACCUCGAGCUCGAUCACUACCUCCAGGCGAUGGACAUGAAGGCGAAGAAGAAGAAGCGUGGUGCGACCGAGGGCGACAGGGAUAAGCGCCUCGCCCUCGUUCUGCAGGGUUCCGCCACCGCCGAGGAGGCUCUCAUCAAGCGAUGCGCCAAGUUUGAGCUCGACGACGACACCGGCAAGGCGCUCCGCACGUGCCAGGACAUCAUCGAAGUCCGCGAGAAGCAGCUCGAGGCUUGCAAGUCCGACUUGGACAUGAUGAUCGUCCAGGCCAGGUGGAUGAUGCACCGCCUGGAGGACUUGGCCAGCAAGAAGGGUUUGCCCUUUUACGACGAGUGGUACCUGGAGGAGGACCAGCCGUUUUUGCGGUGGCUCAACCAGAUUGAGACGGAGGGUGUCGGCGACGCCGAGGCGACGGAGAUGAUGCGCGAGAUUGUCGCCGGCGCCACCGAGGCACGCGCCAGGGCAGCCAAGGAGACUGAGUUCAAGACGAUCACCAUGCCAGAGAUUGGCUCCGUCUGCCGCAUCAAGGUUUCCAAGAAGCCCUUCACCGGCGGCUUUGCUGACCAGGUGUUCAAGAUGCACAAGGACAAGUGGAUCGAGGUCACGAUGGUCGGGUCCGACGGCCAGCACCAGCAGAAGAUGACCUGUGAGAUGGCCGGCUUCGAACACCACUUCAACGUGGACAUCAAGAAGCUCAUCCGCGAGGAUUACGUCCUGUUGCGAAGUGCUAAACCCGCACCCCUCGGGGAAAAGGUUGCCGCGGCGCUCAAGGGCAAGAAGGGCAAGAAGGAGACGCCCGCGGCUACCCCCGUCGCCACGCCCGUGGCCAGCCCCAGAAAGGGUUCAGCGGCUGUCGCGAGAUCCGCCGCGCCUACUCCCGCGUCUGUCGCCAAGAAGACCGGCGUCACGCCCUCCGAUGGGGAGAAGAAGAAGGAGACUGCCGAGCUCCGCGCUCCCAGGUGGGGCAUCCGCGAGCACGUCAGCGAUCCUCAGAACUCGCUGCGCAAGCUCACCGAAGAGCUCGUGGGCCGGGUCAGGUCGCUCAGGUUCUUCCGCAGCGUCCGAGAUCUGCAGCAGAUGGUCUCAACGGACGAUGUGCCCUGCCUGGUGUGCUCCGCCGAGUCUGGCGCGCCCGCAAAGGGUGGCAAGCGCAAGGGUGGCGGCGACAUCUGCAAGCCCAAGGCUGAGAGCGGCUUGCUGUCCACCUGCGGCCACAUCGGGUGCCUCGACUGCCUCAGGAGGAACGCCGCCAACACCGAAUGCGGAGUUCCCGGGUGCGAGUGCCCCACCAGGUUCAGCUCCGUCAUCCACGCCCAGUCCCUCGGCACGGAGCGCGUCACCAAGCGCGGCGCCGCCGCCGUCAAGUCCCCGGUGAAGAAGGCGAAGAAAUCCGCCAACGUCGUCGAGGAGGGUCCCAGCCUGGAGGAGCUCGAGUGCGGGGUUCACGGCACCAAGAUGGCCCACCUGGUGCAGCGCAUCAAGGACACCCCCGCGGAUGAGCGCAUCCUGGUCUUUGUCCAGUUCCCCGACCUGAUGAAGCAGAUUGCGGAUGUGCUCCAGGAGGCUAACAUCAAGACGCUCAAGCUCAAGGGUUCGGUGCACCAACAGACGGGCGCCCUGGACGAGUUCCAGAAGGAAGACCUCAGGAAGGGCGACGCGCGGGUGCUCUUGCUCCUGUCACGGGAUGAGAGCGCGUCUGGUGCCAACCUCACCACCGCGAACCACGCCAUCUUCGUGCAUCCGCUGCUCACCACCACCCAGUACGAGUACGAGGCUUCGGAGACUCAGGCCAUCGGUCGCAUCCGCCGCUACGGUCAGACCAAGAUGGUCAAGAUCUGGAGGAUGAUCGUGCGCGACUCGAUCGACGCGGAGAUCAUCGAGCAGCGCGCGAACGCCAACGCGGAGAAAUGAGAGAGGGGAGAGGAGGAGAGAUGAGAUGGAAAGAGGUCGCCGGGUAGGGGCGGCCAGCACGGAGGAUAUUACGAGACGAUGCAUUGCCGAUUUUGCUUUUCCAAGAGCGGCGCCCGCGGCUGUUUUAUGUCGACGCC